CUAUCAUUAUAUCUGUGCUGUGUUGCUUUACUUCAAUUUGCUUUUCUACCUCUCUGGAGAUUAUCAACUUUUUAUUAUUGUGAUGUGUUGCUUUACAUGAGUGUGUCUUUCCACCUCUCUCUCUCUCUCUAGAGCUUGCUGUCAUAAUUCUCGAAUGUUGCUUUAUUCAAGCUCAUGUUCCCUACUUAUACAUCCCCUCUAAAGGCUAUUAUUACUUCUAUAGUCUCAAUAAUCAUUUUUUGGAACCCUUUUACUCAUUAAUUGCUUCUGUGCACACAAACACUUGCAUCUUCUGGGUUCUUUGCAUGAGAUUUUGGGUCAGAAUCUGAAAUUUCGCCCUCUGUUUUUGAAGUUCUUUAAUGGAGAUGGAGAACGGCGAUACGAAGUCGAAGAUGGAAGAUUACGAAGUGAUAGAGCAGAUUGGCAGAGGAGCUUUUGGAGCAGCUUUCCUCGUUCUCCAUAAAAUUGAGAAAAAGAAGUAUGUCUUGAAGAAGAUUCGUUUGGCUAAGCAAACAGAGAAGUUCAAGCAAACUGCACAUCAGGAGAUGAAUUUAAUAGCUAACUUGAACCACCCAUAUAUUGUGGACUACAAAGAUGCUUGGGUAGACAAGGGUUGUUGUGUAUGCAUUGUAACUGGCUACUGUGAAGGAGGCGACAUGGCUGAGAUUAUAAGGAAGGCUAGAGGUGCUUUCUUCCCAGAGGAGAAACUCUGCAAAUGGCUUGCUCAGUUGUUACUAGCUGUGGACUAUCUGCACUCAAACCGCGUCCUUCACAGGGAUCUUAAGUGCUCCAACAUAUUCCUCACGAAGGACAAUGACGUCCGGCUUGGUGACUUUGGACUCGCAAAACUACUCAAUGCAGAAGACCUCGCUUCCUCGGUUGUUGGUACUCCCACCUACAUGUGCCCUGAGCUCCUUGCAGAUAUACCUUAUGGCUACAAAUCUGAUAUAUGGUCGCUUGGUUGCUGUAUGUUUGAAAUUGCGGCACAUCAACCAGCCUUUAGAGCUUUGGAUAUGGCUGGACUUAUCAACAAGAUAAACAGAUCCACUGUUUCUCCACUCCCAAUUGUAUAUUCCUCCACAUUGAAACAGAUUAUCAAGAGCAUGCUAAGGAAGAGUCCAGAGCACAGACCAACUGCUGCAGAACUGUUGAGGCAUCCACAUAUACAGCCCCACCUCCUUCGAUGCCGCAACCCGUCUUCUGUCUUUCUUCCAGUAUUUCCAGUAAAGUCUGCAAACAGCACAAAUGAUAACACAACAAAAAAACAAUCACCUAGCAAACCUAGUGGUGGAAAAGACAAAAGAGAAAAGGAGUUCCCAGUACUAAAAAAGAUGGUGACAGUUCCUCAGUUUGAGGGAAAUGCUGAUGUGCAGCCAAGAAGUUCACCAAAAAGUGACGAUCCAACAUUCAUCAAUAUGGCGGAAGACAAUCUUGAAACCAAGAGGGUUGAUCCUACAAGCUAUCCCGCGACUGUUUCCAAUGAUAGUGAUGAUUCAAAAGGAGGAGUUACAAGUUGUGAAACAACUAUUUGCGAUGGAGAUGAGCAGGACAGUUCUAAUUCUCUGCCAACAAAAGAAAGCUCGGAUACUCAGAUUACCUCAAGGAGCAAAUCAAAUUAUCCGCAUGAAGAAAAUGAGAAACUUGCUCCCGAAUGUGUUCAACAGCUGCAAAUGGAUGUCAGUGAGGGUGAGACAACAAAGGAUCCUGAGGCAUUCCCCAAUCAAGAAAUUACUGGGGAAGUGGAAAUAGUGGAAGAGCAUACUAUUUUGCAGAACUACGGGAGAACGAAAAUGUCUAGCUCAGGCUGUAGCGGCAAGGAUGAGUCCAUUGAUGAAGGAAGUUCAUCUUCGGCUGUACAAACUGCAGCAUGUGAACCUGAUACAAAACCCAACGGUUUUAUACAAAAGGUGGAAAAUCACGAUUCUUCAUAUGCAGAAGAUGGUCAUAGAGACUACAUUUCAUCUGAAUGUAAUGAUAUAGUUCUUUGCAAAGCUGGAGUGGAAGUAAAAACAGAUAAUAUUAGUGAGUCAAUGCAAGUAGAGAAGGAGGACAUUCAAGUGAUAAAUCGGGCAUCUACUGAGAUUCCAUUGCGGAGUACAGUAACUGCUACUGAUGGUGGUGAAAGUAAGAGCAAAUGGGAGAAUCCAACUCAGCAGAGGGCCGAUGCUCUAGAGUCUCUGCUUGAGCUAUGUGCCCGAUUACUUAAACAGAACAAACUUGAUGAACUUGCUGGUGUGCUAAAACCGUUUGGGGAAGACGCUGUCUCAUCCAGAGAAACGGCAAUUUGGUUGACUAAAAGCCUCAUAAAUGCACAAAAAUUAUGAGGCAUUUAUAUAUUUUUUUCCCAAGAGAUGGUGUGUUGUUAGAACUGUUGACAUAAAAUGCUUUUCUACUUGGAUGUUUACGAUUGUGAGCAAUAUAAUUUGAUGAGAACAUGUUUUGCUGCCGGU